ACGCGCGUGCCCUGUGGCCAAACACUGCCCGGAGUGAGAGCGAACUCCCGGCGCAGCGGGGCCGGCCGAGUGUGCGUGCGUGUGUGUGCGUGUGCGAGCGGGCGGCGAGCGGGCGCGGUGGGAGGGGGACCAACUGCUUCACACUUUGAACACUGCACUGAAGAGGGAGAGGGAGAGAGAGAGAGACUGGAGACGCAGAGAUUCCCCCCCAAGAGCUCUCAAGGCUACGGUCCCACAGAUUCUAGGACAGAGCCCCCAAAAAUCGAAACAGAGGAAACGGACAGCGGUGGAACAUGGACGAAGGAAUUCCUCACUUGCAAGAGAGACAGUUACUGGAACAUAGAGAUUUUAUAGGACUGGACUAUUCCUCUUUGUAUAUGUGUAAGCCCAAAAGGAGCAUGAAGCGAGACGAUAGCAAGGAUACCUACAAAUUACCGCACAGAUUAAUAGAAAAGAAGAGAAGAGACCGAAUUAAUGAGUGCAUCGCUCAGCUGAAAGAUUUACUGCCUGAACAUCUGAAGUUGACAACUCUGGGGCAUCUGGAGAAAGCCGUAGUCUUGGAAUUAACUUUGAAACACUUGAAAGCUUUAACAGCCUUAACCGAGCAGCAGCAUCAGAAGAUAAUUGCUUUACAGAAUGGGGAGCGAGCUCUGAAGUCGCCCAUUCAGUCCGACUUGGACGCUUUCCACUCGGGAUUUCAAACCUGCGCCAAAGAAGUCUUGCAAUACCUCUCCCGCUUUGAGAGCUGGACGCCCAGGGAGCCGCGCUGUGUCCAGCUGAUCGGCCACUUGCACGCCGUGGCCGCCCAGUUCCUGCCCGCCCCCCCGCUGCUGACUCAACAGGUCACGCUGAGCAAAGGCACCGGCGCGCCCGCGCCCGCCGCCCCCGCCGGCUCCGCGGCCGCCGCGGGGCUGGAGCGCGCGGGGCCCAAGCUGGAGCCGCUGGCGCACUGCGUGCCGGUCAUCCAGCGGACUCAGCCCAGCGCCGAGCCGGCCGCCGAGCACGACACGGACACCGACAGCGGCUACGGGGGCGAGGCCGAGGCCCGGCCGGACGCGGGCGCGAGCCGCGUGGCCAUCAAGCAGGAGCCCCCCGGGGAGGACUCGCCGGCCCCCAAGAGGCUGAAGCUCGACCCCCGCGGCGGCGGCGCGGGCGCGGGCGGGGGCCCCGGGGGCGGCGCGGCGGCGGCGGCCGCGCUGCUGGGGCCCGACCCGGUGGCGGCGGCCGCGCUGCUGAGACCCGACGCCGCCCUGCUCAGCUCGCUGGUGGCCUUCGGCGGAGGCGGGGGCGCGCCCUUCGCGCCGCCCGCGGCCGCCGCCCCCCUGUGCCUUCCCUUCUACUUCCUCUCGCCCUCGGCCGCCGCCGCCUACGUGCAGCCCUUCCUGGACAAGAGCGGCCUGGAGAAGUACCUGUACCCCGCGGCCGCCGCCCCCUUCCCGCUGCUGUACCCCGGCCUGCCCGCGGCCGCCGCCGCCUUCCCCUGCUUGUCCUCGGUGCUGUCGCCCCCGCCCGAGAAGGCGGCCGCCGCUGCGCUGCGAGCGCACGAGGGGGCGCCCCCGGGGCCGCGGCUCCCCGCGCACCCGGCCGGCCGCGCCCGCCUGCCCUUCGCCGGCGCCCGCGAGCCCGGGAAGCCGGAGGGCGCCGCUCAGGAAGACCCCUCGCCGCCGGGCGCGCAGAGCCCCUGAGUCCUGGCCCUGCCCUCGAGGGUUCCCGCGGAGACCCCCGUUCGUGAGCGCCGACGCCCCUCGCGUUUCCAAGGGAGGAAGCGUACCAGAUGCACGGCCGGCUUUUUACGAAACAACACAAACACAGGUGGUGUGUGCGCAUCUGGCGUCCCUGUUCUGCUCACCCCUCUCCCCCUGCCCCCCGCACACGCUGAC